UGCUCUGCAAAAGAGAUUGAAAAACCCCGGAAUUCAAAGGCUAUCUGCCAUUAAGAUUCAUCGAACCCAUCUCGAGCCCAGCCCUCCAGUCCACCUUCACCCGUGGCCCGAUUCUAAUCUCGCCCAUAAAUGUCGGUAGAGCCCAGUUCGAGGCUGGGCGCGUGCUCGAAUGAGCCCGCAACAAUGGCGAGUGAGCCCACUUCCAGCCAUGGCUCCAGCUCACCUUGGUCCAAUGAGCAAGAGCAUGGUGCAAUAACAAUGGUGGACGAGCCCAAUUUGGGUCCGGCCUCCAGAGUGGUUGCGAGCCAUGACCAGACUCUGAUUCAGGCGAGUUCCAGUGAGGUCCAGUAUGUGAGCUAUCAGGGCGAGCACCAUUUGCCUUUGGUCAUGAGCUUGGUUGAUCAAGAACUGAGCGAGCCCUACUCCAUAUUCACCUAUAGAUACUUUGUGUACCUUUGGCCACAGCUCUGUUUCUUGGCAUUUCAUAAAGGCACUUGUGUUGGAACUGUUGUUUGCAAAAUGGGUGAGCAUAGGAAUACAUUCAGAGGUUACAUUGCCAUGCUAGUUGUGAUCAAACCUUACAGAGGGAAAGGCAUUGCUACAGAGCUUGUAACAAGAUCCAUUCAAGUAAUGAUGGAGUCUGGCUGUGAAGAGGUGACUCUAGAGGCAGAAGUAACAAAUAAAGGAGCUCUUGCACUAUAUGGUCGUCUAGGGUUUAUACGGGCAAAGAGGCUAUUCAGGUACUAUUUGAACGGUGUCGAUGCUUUUCGCCUCAAGCUACUAUUUCCAUCCCCACAACUAAACCCUAUGCUCUUCCAAAAUAAAGACAACUAUGACAUGAACAUGGUUCAGGAAAGUGACCGUGAAAGCCGUUGUCAUCAUGGGGGGUGUUGUGAACACCAUUACGGCACCUGAUCAGAGUCUGGGAUUAGUCAUGUCAUUCUGUUUAACUGCACCUUUCACCAUGGUUUGGUGUCUCCGGUGCUUGUAAUGUCAUUUAAUGUAUGAAUUGAUUGGCUUCAUAUGUGGAGAGCAAUAAUUUUUGUAAGGAUCUCUCUUUCUCUAGAGUGAUCAGGAGCUAACUCUAUGGGAAACCCCAAUCCAUCGCCCCUUUCACCAUGAAAGAGAGAAGAUUAAAACCCCUGGGCUUCUUUCCUUUGAAAACUUUCCCACCAGCAUCUAUGAUCUUUUCCUUC